AAGGCCGGGAAUGUGUAAAAGAAGGGCAGAGUUCUGCUAUCUUUCUGUGUGCAGCCUGCUCUGGGGAAGGACUCAGUGCAUACCCCUAUUUUCAUUUUAGUAUAUUACUAUUCUGAUUCCUUUAUUUUACAUUUCCGUAACGCACCCGCUUUCUACUUGUGCUUUGGUUUUAUAGUUAUUGCAUAGUUACCUGGCGUUGAAGCAAGAUACAAUAAGAGAAUGAAGCUCAAAGAGAUUGAUCGUACAGCAAUGCAAGCGUGGAGCCAUUCUCAGUAUCACCCUAUAUAUCUUGCAACAGGAACAUCGGCUCAACAACUUGAUGCAACUUUUAGCACAAAUGCUUCCCUGGAGAUAUUUGAAUUGGACUUGGCAGAUCCUUCAAUGGAUAUGAAGUCAUGUGCCACAUUUUCAUCCACACACAGGUACCAUAAACUAAUUUGGGGUCCACACAGAACGGCAUCUAAUGGCAGUGCUUCUGGAGUCCUUAUUGCUGGAGGAGAAAAUGGAAAUGUGAUUCUUUAUGACCCAGCAAAGAUCAUCGAAGGAGACCGUGAAGUUGUCAUCGCUCAGCAAGACAAGCACACAGGACCAGUGCGAGCCCUGGAUGUAAACUCAUUCCAGACAAAUCUUGUAGCAUCGGGUGCGAAUGAGUCUGAAAUAUAUAUCUGGGACCUUAAUAACUUUGCUGUUCCAAUGACGCCGGGUGCUAAAUCUCAGCCACUGGAAGAUAUCGGCUGUAUUGCCUGGAACCGACAGGUCCAACACAUUCUUGCCUCUGCCAGCCCCAGUGGACGGGCUACAGUGUGGGAUCUCAGGAAAAAUGAACCAAUACUAAAAGUCAGCGACCACAGCAAUAGGAUGCACUGCUCUGGCAUGGCCUGGCAUCCAGAUGUUGCCACCCAGAUGGUCCUUUCUUCAGAAGAUGAUCGCUUGCCUGUAAUACAGAUGUGGGACCUCCGAUUUGCCUCCUCUCCUCUGCGUGUUAUUGAGAGCCACACCAGAGGAAUUUUGGCCAUUGCUUGGAGCUUGGCAGAUCCAGAACUGCUGCUUAGCUCUGGGAAGGAUUCCAGAAUACUCUGCUCCAAUCCCAACACAGGAGAGGUUUUGUAUGAGUUACCAACAAACAUGCAGUGGUGUUUUGAUAUGCAGUGGUGUCCUAGGAACCCUGCAGUUCUUUCUGCUGCUUCAUUUGAUGGUCGCAUCAGCAUUUACUCCAUUAUGGGUGGAAACAAUGACAGUCUGAGUCAGAAGCAGGCAGACAAGCUUUCUUCAUCAUUUGGGAACCUGGAUCCUUUUGGUACAGGACAUCCACUGCCACCACUGCAGCUUCCUCAGCAGCCUACACAGCAAAAUACUAUUGUUCCACUUAAAAAGCCUCCUAAGUGGAUGCGCUGCCCAGUCGGAGCCUCAUUCUCUUUUGGAGGAAAGCUGGUCACAUUUGAGACUGUGAAUACACAAACAGCCCAACAGCAGCAGCACCCGGAGGCCGAGCCUCAUCAUUUUCAUGUGUAUGUCAGUCAAGUGGUAACCGAGAAAGAGUUCCUGACAAGAUCUAACCAGUUACAGGACGUGGUCAGCACUGGUACUUUUAUAGACUACUGUCAGAAGAAAGUUGAAGAUGCCAAGACAGACUUCGAGAAGGAUGUGUGGUCAUUCCUAAAGGUAAAUUUUGAAGAGGAUACUCGCGGCAAGUACCUUGAGCUGCUUGGAUUCAGAAAGGAUGACCUAAGCUCUAAGAUUGCAUCUGUUAUGGGCAACGAAUAUGCAACAGAUGGUGAUCAUGAGGCUGAGAAAGACUCUGACCAAGCUAUUGCAAGUGAUGAGGAAGAGAGACAACAUUCAGAGGAUAAUUUCUUGGCGGAGGUUUCCAAAGAUGACAAAAGACAGAGUAGCGGAUCAAACUCCCCUGGAGAAUCAUUGAAUAUAUUGGUUAGCGGAGAUGUUGAUGGCCUCAUCACUCAAGCUCUGCUCACUGGGAACUUUGAAAGUGCUGUGAAUUUGUGUUUGCAUGAUAAUCGCAUGGCAGAUGCUGUUAUAUUAGCCAUUGCAGGUGGACCAGAGCUGUUGGCUAAAACACAAAGAAAGUACUUUGCCAAAUCACAAAGCAAGAUAACCAGGCUGAUCACAGCAGUAGUGACUAAGAAUUGGAAUGAGAUUGUUCAGUCCUGUGAUCUGAAGAACUGGAGAGAAGCUCUAGCUGCAGUGUUAACCUAUACAAAGCCUGAUGAGUUUUCUUCGUUAUGUGAUUUGCUGGGCUCCAGACUGGAGAAUGAAGGAGACAUAGCACUUCAGACACAGGCAUGUCUCUGCUAUAUCUGUGCAGGCAAUGUGGAGAAGCUGGUUUCUUGUUGGACUAAGGCUCACGAUAGCAAUUGCUCUUUAGCUCUUCAGGAUCUUAUAGAAAAGGUGGUUAUCCUACGCAAAGCAGUGGAAACAAAUGAUAUGGGAACCAUUCUGUCCCAGAAGAUGAGCCAGUAUGCCAAUGUAUUGGCAGCUCAGGGCAGUCUUGCUGCUGCUAUGGCUUUUCUCCCCACCGACGCACAUCAAGGUGAUGUUGUGCAGUUACGGGAAAGGCUAUGCCGUGCACAAGGACAGGUUAAUAUUAUUGCUCCUGCUGCUGGGGUGACUCGAAGUGGAAGUACACAACAACAUGGUGCAAAACCUGUGCAGCCUGGGACUGACAUGCAGUAUUACCCACAGGCUAGAAUUGCCCCCACUGUCACUUCCUGGAGUAACAAAAACCCUACUGCCCUUCCCAGCUUUGCACCUGCUGCCUCCUCCUUUGACACACAGAGAAACAGUGCACUGCCUCUUGGGUUUAAUAUUCCUGGUUCCACAUAUACCUCUGGUUCACUGGCUUCAGUAGCCUCAGCGGAUUCUAGUGCUCCCUCUUACAACAUCAACUCUCAGAUUACUCCUAGACUUCCUUACUCACAGCCCUAUUUACAAUCGCAGCAGUAUUCUUAUGGCAUGGGGGGUCCUGCUGUCUAUCAGCCCCAACCACCAUCUACUGUUCCUUCUGCUACGCCCUACCACAAUUCUUCUUAUACCUCAGCUUCCCAAACUACAACUCAGCCACUGUACCCUGGGCCUGCUCUGCUUUCUCCUGCCUCUUCCGCCUCUUCUUCUCUUCCUCCUUCUAGUGGUGCAUCCUUCCAGCAUGGUGGACCAGGAGCCCCAGCUAACACUGCACAUUGCGCACUGCCUCCUCCUGGAUCUACAGGUACUCUGCCUGCCACCAGUGAGCUGCCUGCAUCCCAGAGAACAGAGUAUCAGUCUGCUCAAGAUACGACUUACAUUCAAGGUCCUCUGAAUGGAUGGAAUGAUCCACCCGCAUUGAGCAGGAUUUCGAAAAAGAAGGUCCUAGAAAAUUAUGUACCUCCACCUCCAAUUACUGCUCCCAUAAUGAACCCUGUGACAGACCCAAGCUCCCAGCAGCAACAGAUCCCAGCCUCUGGAACACAGAUGCCCUCUAUACCCUUUCAGCCUUCGACAAUGCUUGUAGCACAACCUGGUACCCAGACUUCCUUUCCAAUAUCACAGCCCUGCAACAGUCAACCUGGACUGCCCCUUGAGUCCUCAAAGCCCAGUAUGGAGGGUGCCCCUGGAGCACCCAUUGGCAAUACCAUUCAGGCUAUUCAUACUCUACCAGCUGAAAAAAUUGUCAAGAAUCCAAUUCCUGGAGAACACCUGAUUCUAAAGACUACAUUUGAGGCUCUUAUCCAAAGAUGCUUGUGUUCUGCAAAUGACCCGCAAACCAAGCGGAAGCUAGAUGAUGCAAAUAAACGCCUAGAAUAUCUUUAUGAUAAACUGCGAGAGCAAACGCUUUCCCCUGCAAUAAUUGCAGGAUUGCACAACAUUGCCAGAAGUAUUGAAUCUCGGAACUACACAGAAGGACUAAACAUACACACCCACAUUGUGAGCACCAGUAACUUUAGUGAAACAUCUGCUUUUAUGCCAGUUCUGAAAGUAGUUCUAACCCAGGCCAACAAGCUUGGGGUGUAAAAAUGUUUCUCAGAGACUUGAUACAUUGCUGCAAAGGAACAGUCCCUGCUUCCUCUUUUAGAUGAUGGACCAAGAACAAACAUGUUUUUAAUCUACUGCAACUCAAAAUUGGCUGUGUCUUGCAAAGCAAAUUUCUGCCUUUUUAUUUUUGGACUAAUGAAUUUUACAAAGAAAUUCUCCAGUGAUCAUUGUUUUUGAUGAAAUAUAUUAUGUUGCGGAAACCAGUAUUGUUUUAUUAAAUACCUGCCCAUUUUUGUGGUAUUUUUUUUUUUUAACUGAUCACCAUUUUCAAGGUACACGUGAAGCUCUUUGGAAAAUUGUAUCACGUAGAAUAAAGUGUGUGACCACAAAUCAUGAUGUAACAUGCAUUUCAAGCCAGUAGACCUGUACGAUUUAAAAUAUAUAAUAUAUAUAUGUAACCCUU